AUGCUCGGCGCUUUUUUUAUCACAAGUAGGUUACUGAGAGCCGGAAAAUACUCCACGAGUGUGUUCGUGGUGAUGUCGAAAUCAAAAGAGAUGUUGAGGUCUUAUGUUGCCAAAGUUUUGUCUUGUUAUGGUGGACAGGUUGUGUUGUGGCCUCUGCAGUGGAAAGAAUUGAGGUGUGGAGUGGUGUUAGUGUACUCGUACGGUGCUGCAGGUUAUCGAUUUUGUUGUGAUGGGCUGCAGCUCAUGAUAAGGGAUAAUGAUGAAGAAGGUUCAUGGUAUUGUGUUUGGAAGUUUUACGGCGUAAUGGUUAUAGAGGUAGCACAAGUUUGUGGUUGCAAUAGGCUUGUGUGCGAAUGGAAGUUUUUGUCGUGGUUUGUGCGGAUUGCAGCAGCUCGCAUGGUAUUGUGCACAGGUUUUUGGGUGGUCUGGCUUGAAGGUUUUGGCUUUUAG